AGCACCAACCCUCCUCUCCUCCGAGAAAAGAAUCUGGCACAAAAAAGAUCCGGCCGGGAGCUAGAAGAAGAAAGAGAAGUUUAACUAGCGAGGAAAAGAAAGGUCUGUGCUCCCCCCCUCCAUGGCCGGCCUGAGUGUGCUCCUCGAGACCGACAACAGCGACUCCAUGAAUCCCCAGAUCAUCAGCAAGGCCACCCUCCAUAGCCCCAAGCAGUCGCCGUCCAAGAUCUCCUCCUUCUCUCGGGCCACGACGACCGCCGCAAGCCCGAGCUCCUUCUUGCAGCGCUGCUUGCUGUGCCACAAGCACCUCGCCGAGGGCCAUGACAUCUACAUGUACAGAGGUGACAAGGCGUUCUGCAGCGUGGAGUGCCGAUGCCGGCAGAUCUUCAUGGACGAGGACGCCGGCAGCAGCGCCGUAUGCGCCAAGGGCGCCACCGCUGCACGCUCCGGCCGGCGUGCCACCGGCGGCGGCGUCAGCUUCGCCUACUAGCUGACAACAGGCAGCUGGCUGGAUCUGGGUGUUACGUACGUUUGUGCAAAAAAAAAGCAAACAAGAAAGCCGAGGCAAGCUAGUCAAGGAGGACUCGGCUGGGAGAGAGAGAGAGAGCGCAAUAGCUAGCUAAUGGAAUUUGUUUAACCAAAAUUUAAUAACGAAUUCGCUCCUUGUUUUGGAGGAGAGUUCGAAGGAGAUGAGCGGAAAGGGACAGGGUUGAGUACGUGACCGCCGGUACGUGACAGGCUGACAGCUUGCCGGCGGGGCCCGCGCACGGGGGGAGAGCAGCACUACGUGUCCUCGUCGGCCGUACCUAACGGAUAAGAUGGCCGGACUUGGACUGCUGGCCCCACCCGCAAGCGGAUCACGAUCGAUCCGUCCAGCGAAAUGACGACACUUUUCUUUGCUGCUGUGCUGCUCAACAUUAAAUCGGUUGGUUAGUUAGAUUAGUCAUGGUGUGAGGCGAGGUGUGAUCUCUGCGUGCCGUGCUCCACGUGGCCUGCAGCGAGUCCGUAAACGGAUGGAGUGAUUAGGGUACAGAGAGUUUGACAAGCAAGACCGGGGUAUACUGUCUGGCAGACGAGAUGUUUGCGUCUGUUAAUCUUACUCGCUAUCAUGCUGGUUUUCUGCACUUUC